GGAACCGUUCGCGGGACACACUCCAGCCCCACGCCCUCGGCAGCGGAAGGAGAGCGCCGCCCCUGGAACACCGCAGUCUCCGUUUAAAGAAAAAGAAAAAAAGAGAGAAAAAUAGCUUUUGCCGCCCCUGGAACACCGAAGUCUCCGUUUAAAGAAGAAAGAAAGAGAGAAAAAUUGCUUUUGCGAAACCCUAUGUCGGCGCGCGGAGUUCGGUAGCGUCAGAAGGGUUACACAGAGGCGGUUUCUCCUGCACGAGGCGCUGAAGGAUACCGAAGGAGGGAGAAGAGGAGAAGGGAACUUAAAGGAAGGAGAAAGGGGAAAUAGAGAACCGUCGAGAUGAAGCUGAAGAACAGUCACUCCCACGGGGUCAUCGUCGCCAUUCUGCAGGUCAUCUUCUUCGUCCUCUUCAUCAUCUUUGCCAAAUACCACCCAGAUGCCGACGCUCGCCAGAAUCCUCUCACCAACGGAACGAAAUUGGAGAUUAGCCUGUCCAAGUACCACUCCAAUGUCAACGCUUCACACGAGACAAAUUGGUCUCAUAGCAAGCUUUAUCCGAUGUUCCAGGAUGUCCACGUCAUGAUCUUCAUCGGUUUCGGCUUCCUCAUGACCUUCCUGAAGAAGUACGGCUUCUCCUCCGUCGGUAUCAACUUCCUGGUGGCGGCGACGUGCCUCCAGUGGGCGCUCCUCGUCAAUGGCUUCUUCCAUCUCCACUACAAUACGAUUAUUAUCGAUCUUAAUGCCCUCCUAGCAGCUGACUUCACGGCGGCUGCGGUGCUGAUCAGCUUCGGCGCCGUGCUGGGGAAGACCACGCCCACACAGCUGAUCAUCAUGACCAUGAUCGAGAUCCCUAUUUUCGUCAUCAAUGAGGUCAUAGGCAGACAGUACCUAGGGGCUAUCGACAUGGGUGACUCUAUGUUCGUCCACGCCUUCGGUGCCUACUUCGGUCUGGCGGUGAGCUUCGUCCUCUACAGGGAAGACCACAGCACGGAAAAGGAAGGGUCAUCUUAUAGGUCGGAUCUGUUCGCCAUGAUCGGCACCGUCUUCCUGUGGCUCUACUGGCCCUCCUUCAACAGCGGCGCCGCCCCGGGAGAUGACCAACACCGCGCCAUCAUCAACACCUACAUCACCCUCUGUUCGUGCACACUCACCACCUUCGCGCUCUCCUCCCUGGUUGACAAAGAAAAGAAAUUCAAUAUGGUGCACAUUCAGAACAGCACACUGGCGGGAGGUGUGGCCGUUGGAACAGCAGCUGAUCUGAUGAUCCAUCCGUGGGGCGCCAUGCUCAUCGGAAUGGUUGCAGCCACCAUCUCGGUCGUCGGUUACGCUUAUCUCACGCCGUUCCUGGCCUCCCGCCUCCGGAUCCACGACACCUGCGGCGUCCACAACCUCCACGGGAUGCCUGCGAUCCUGGCCGGCAUCAUCGGCUGCGUCGCCGCCGCCCUCGCCUCCGAGGACACCUACGGGCCCAGCCUCUACGAGAUCUUCCCGAACCGCGCUCCUGCAGAAGGCACCGAGGACUUCGCUCGCCUCAAGGGCAUCCUUCCCGAUCUGGAGCCUGGCCCAGGGUACUCGGCAGGAGGUCAGGCCGGGAACCAGAUGCUGGCACUGCUCAUCACGCUGACCAUCGCCAUCAUCGGAGGGGUCAUCACAGGCUUCCUUCUCCGCGCCGAAAUCUGGGGCAGACUUCGCACAGACGAUCUCUACGAAGACGAAAAAUACUGGAUAAUUGAGGAGGAAGAAGAGGAACACCAGAUGAGCAGCGUGCACAUCCCUAUGACGUCACCAGCUGAUAACGGGACAUCCAAGUAGAGAGAAAAAGCGAGUUUUUUUUUUUUUUUUUUUUUUUUUGCGUUUUGCUUUUUCGUUUCCGUUUGGGGAGACGUAGGGGCGUGUGUGUGUGUGUGUGUGUGUGUGUGUGUGUGUGUGUGUGUGUGUGUGUGUGUGUGUGUGUGUGUGUGUGUGUGUGUGUGUGUGUGUGUGUGUGUGUGUGUGAUAUGUAGAUAGGUGUGUGCGCAUGUGUGCAACUUUUGUGUAUGUGGAAAAAGAAGAUUUGGUUUCAUAUAUUCAAAGAAAAGAAAAAGAAAUUUUGAUUUUCGGAAUAUAGGAAAAUUACUUUAAACUGGCUUCAUGUUUUUUAUAAAGUAAUUUGACCUGAUUUUUCUAUAGGAAGUUGACUGUUAAACUUGGGUUCAUGUUAAAAAAAGGUAAUAUCAACAUAUGUUUGAAUGUUGACUGUCUGUUUGAAGCUAACAUGACUAGAAUAUUAGAAGUUAGUAUAUAGUGUGAAUAAAUUGAUCGUAG